GUUGCAGAGAUAAUAUCAGAUGUUCGGGAGCCAAUUGUUCAUACUCAAGCUCUGGAGAAUGCUGAUGAACAAAGGAAAAGACAAGUUGAGCUUGCCAAUAUCAAAGUUCAACUUGUAGAAGCAAAACAAGCACUGGAGGACAGUAUAACUCGGCAGGACUUCAUUCAUGCUUCGGUGCUGAAGCAGAAAAUUGAAGAAUUAGAAAAUUGCAAAAUUGAGAUGAUAAAAGCAAUUGAACAACCUGAGUGCAAAGAAGUUUACAUUGAAAAGGAUGAUCCUGAAACUAUGUUAAAAUGUCUGAUCAUGUGCUAUGAGCUUCUCAAACAGAUGGCUGUUACAAAAGGAAUAGGUCCAACUAUGAAUGGAAUAACAGAGGCUUUGAUACUGCCAAGCAUUGCCAGUGUCAAUCCUGCGGUGAGAAACAUGGCAGUCUUGUGUCUGGGCUCAUCCGCGUUGCAUAACAAAGAUUUUGCGAUUCAACACCUGCCAUUGCUGUUACAGAUUGCUCAACUCGAUAUGAUCAAUGUGAAAAUUAGUGCACUGCGGGCAGUAUUUGACAUUCUGCAAGUAUUUGGGAUUGAGGCUUUCAAAUCUAGUCCUCAUAAAUCCCGUGAAAUGCAAAAUGAAGAAUUUGGGAGUGGAAUUGAAAAAUCAAUACAUGAAGAAUCAGCCGAGCCUGUGGUGGAAACUGACACAGUCAAUAGUAUCCUUACAUUGCUUUUGGGAUACUUGGACAAUGAGGUAAUAGACCUUAGGACUGUUGCCGCAGAAGGCCUCGCUAAACUGCUUUGUUCUGGAAGACUUUCUAGUCCUAAAAUUCUUUCUCGACUUAUUUUGUUAUGGUACAAUCCUGUGACUGAAGACGAUACCUUUCUUCGUCAUUGCCUGGGGGUUUUCUUUCCACUCUAUGCAUUUAUGAACAGGAAAAAUCAAGAAUGUUUUCAAGAAGCUUUCCUGCCUACUUUGAAGACCCUAUUCUGUGCACCAGCUUCUUCUCCUUUAGCUGAAGUUAAUCUGCAUAAUGUAGCAGAACUCUUUGUGGAUUUGACACGAGCCAACACAGUAAAUGUCCAAAACAAGCCAAUACAGGAUUAUCAG